GAGCUCUCCCCGCCGGUUACUCGGUGUGGGGGUCCCUGAGCGCUGCAAGGCCAAGCUGCGGCACUGUCCCAGCUGGGGGGAGCGGCCCGGGUCUCCCGCUGCGCGCUGAGGCAGGAUGAGCAUGAUCUGACAUGGCAUUGCAGUGCAAGACUCAGACUCUUCAAGUGGUAGACACUGAAUACAGUGCAGAUGCUGUGGAGUGGUGCCCUGUGGCAGGCUGGCACAGCAUCCUGGUUUGUGGCACCUACCAGCUAAAGAAACCUGAUAGAAAGCCUGGUGUAAACCCCAGUGAGAGUGAUGAGCCCCACACGCGGCUGGGUCGCCUCUACAUGUAUCACUACAGUGAAGAGCAGCCUUUCAUCCCACUGACUGAAAUUCAAAGGAUUGAAACCGCCGCCAUCCUAGACAUCAAAUGGUGCCACAUUCCCGUCGCAGAACAUCCCAUGUUGGGCAUUGCAAAUGCCAAGGGAACUGUGGAGCUCUGCCACCUGACUGGAAGUGAGAAGAACAGCUGCAUGUUGGAGCCACUCUGCAGUGUUGAUUUAGGAGCACAAUGCAUUGCCUUGUCUCUGGACUGGUCCACAGGACGGGAGCAGAGUGGGCACCCACUGAGAGUAAUCAGCAGUGAUUCAAAGGGGAAGCUGAACCUACUGUCAAUAGAUGAGUCUGCUCCUUCUGUGCACAUCCUCAGCCAGUGGAAGGCUCACAACUUUGAGGCCUGGAUUGCUGCUUUUAAUUACUGGGACACAGACAUUGUGUAUUCAGGUGGAGAUGACUGCAUGCUGAGGGGCUGGGACACCAGGCGCUGCCCAGAAAUGCCUAUCUUCACCAGCGAGAGACAUUCAAUGGGCGUGUGCAGCAUUCAGUGCAGUCCACACCGGGAGUAUCUUCUGGCUACAGGAAGCUAUGACGAACAUGUUCUCCUGUGGGACACCAGGAAUAUGAAGCAGCCAUUGGCAGACACCCACGUUGAGGGUGGAGUUUGGAGGUUGAAGUGGCACCCAACACGUGAGCACUUGCUGUUGGCUGCUUGCAUGCAUAAUGGAUUCAAAAUCCUUGACUGCCAAGGAAGUAUGGAAAACACUGAGGAAUGCACUGUUGUGUCAUCCUACAUCUUGCAUAACUCCUUGGCUUAUGGAGCUGAUUGGUCAAGACUCUCCCCAAGGGAUUGCGUGGCUGUAAAACAGGACCCACUUUCUGCACCCGACUCGUCUGAGGGACCAGUGGCAAGUUCGGAUCAAGGAGGCAAGAAACUGGAUCUGCAAAUCCAGAACCUGAAGAUAGUUUAUGAAUCUCCUACAGCUACCUUUGAUGUAUUGUUAGACGAGGAGGGUGAAGGCACCGUCUCCCAGGUCAGACCAGAGAGUGGCCCUGAUCCUCAGGCUCAGUGUCUUGAUGGAAGGGGAUUGGACAUCAGGCAUGAUCAAACUGAAUUAGCAAAGGCUCAGCGAGAGAUCAGCAUCCUAGCGACUUGUUCAUUUUAUGAUAAUAUCCUACAUGUUUGGAAAUGGGAAACAAGUCAAACCAACCCUUAAGAGUAAAAUAUUAAAUAUUAUUCCUAGUCUGAAAGCACAAGUUCACUCGAACAACCUUGAAAAAGUUCCUCUCUCUCAAAAGUCCCAUGAGGGAAAGUUAUAGGAGACUUUUUGUAUUGAGAACUGUAUCUGCAGCCUAUGCCCAGUAUAACUUCAACUGGGGUUUUUCCAGUUUUAUUGCCUGGGAACUCACGGCUCCUGAAUUUCUGAAGACCUAUUCUGUUAAAUUAAGGCAACUACAUUCUUAGUGUUUUGUGUCUAACUCUGACUAAACCAAAAUGAAUAGUCUCCUGCCUUUGCUGAGGGACAUAGUAAA